AUGGCUCACACCCAGCCGUCGCCCACUGGCGGCGUCACUCCUCACCAUGGGCACCUAGCUGCUCACCCAGUGAAUGGCCAUCUGCCUUUGCAGUCGCCGGCGCAGAAGCCCCCGCCCAGCACUGCCCAGAAGAUCGCGGCUUUGAAUGAGCAGGUCUGGCUACAGAUUGGCAACUUGACUGAACUGAUGGGCGAUCUGGAUGGUGCUAUGAAUGCGUAUGAACAAGCAUUACGGCACAACCAGUGGUCUAUUCCUGCUAUGAACGCGAUCUCCUGCAUCCUUCGAACGAGAGAGCAGUUUCCUAAGGCCAUCGAAUACCUUCAGAAUAUUUUGAAACUCGAUCCUGGCAGCGGAGAAACAUGGGGAAGCUUGGGUCACUGCUAUCUCAUGAUGGAUAAUUUGCAGGAAGCAUACACGUCCUACCAACAAGCGCUUUACCACUUGCGCGACCCUAAGGAGCCCAAACUGUGGUAUGGAAUCGGUAUUCUUUACGACCGCUAUGGUUCUCUCGACCACGCGGAAGAAGCCUUCUCCCAAGUAAUGCGGAUGGCCCCCGACUUCGAGAAGGCCAAUGAGAUCUAUUUCCGCCUGGGCAUAAUUUACAAGCAGCAGCAGAAGUUCAACCAGAGUUUGGAUUGCUUCAAAUACAUUGUCAAUGAUCCCCCACGUCCUCUAACUGAGGAAGACAUCUGGUUUCAGAUCGGUCACGUGCACGAGCAGCAAAAAGACUUCGACGCUGCGCAGCAAGCUUAUAGACGCGUUCUGGACCGUGAUCCCAACCACGCGAAAGUGUUGCAGCAGCUGGGUUGGUUGUACCAUCAACAAAGCGGUAGCUUCGAGAGCCAGCAGAAAGCCAUCGAGUAUCUCGAGAAAUCAGUCAGCGCAGACAACUCGGAUGCCCAGAGUUGGUACCUCCUGGGUCGCUGCUACAUGUCGCAAGCCAAAUAUCCCAAGGCUUACGAGGCCUACCAGCAGGCAGUCUACCGUGAUGGCCGUAACCCCACCUUCUGGUGCUCGAUCGGUGUCCUGUACUACCAGAUCAACCAGUACCGCGAUGCGUUGGAUGCAUACUCGCGUGCUAUCCGCCUGAAUCCCUACAUCUCGGAGGUGUGGUAUGACCUGGGAACUCUUUACGAGUCCUGCAACAACCAGAUCGCUGAUGCGCUUGAUGCAUACGGCCGUGCCGCUGACUUGGAUCCCACCAACGUCCACAUCAAGGCUCGCCUGCAACUUCUGCAAAGCCAGCUCUCAGGCUCCGGCCAAACCAACGGUCCCGCCCCACAGCCCCAGGACGUCCACCCUCAGGCUUACCAGGCUCCCGGUGUUGGUGCCCCGCCUGCACCUCAGUGGGGAGCUCCUGCUCCGACAGGAGGACCGCCUGCUCAGGCCCCUGCUCCUCCUCAGCAAAUUGAUGCCUGGAACCGCAACAUCAACGACCUUCGAUCCCAGGCCCAAGCGCCCGUCGCAAACGGCUUCGAUCCUCGCGACGGACCCCGCCCCGGUGCUAUCCAGCAACCUAGUCCUCGUCAAGAACCAGGCCGAGGCUUGCCCGAUGGCGCGCGUCCGCUCGGUGUGCGGUCGCCCAAACCUGGUCUUGCUGUCUAUCCUCCUGGUCAUGCUCUCCCCCAGCUCGCCAAUGCUCCUCCACCGGCUGCUGAUCGUGCCCCUAGCGGUGCUGGCUUCGCUUCCGCUCCCCGUGGUGCCUUGCCUCCCGGUGCUGCUCCAGCUGGUCCGGCUCCUAAUGGUGCGCCUGGCUCUGCCGGCCCUAUGCCUCCAUACCACCGUCCUUUCACACCACCCACAGAAAUCAGACCAAUUCGUGACGAGCGGCCCUCUUCUCCUGGAUCUACAUACCCUCACCAGAACUACCACCACGGACCCAGUGUGGCAGUUCAGAGCUCUAAUAGCGCGGGCAUCGCGGGCAUCGCGGGCGGCGCACCUGCGCCAGCCUCUGCUAUCUCUGCUGCUGAGGCGGCUGCGCGUGACCGUGAAGACCGUCCUGGCUCGGCCAUGAAGCGUGGACGGGAAUGGGAAGCUGAUUCCGGUCCUGUCAAGAAGAUUGCAAGUGAGGAAAAUCGGUCGAGACUCGAGGAGCAGAUCGGGCGCCGCGUUCCAUCCCCUACUCGCUUGCCCUCGCCUGGCGAGAUGCAGCGCCGCAGCUCUUCUGAAAUUCGUCGUGAGGACCAGCGCCGGGCAAAUGAAGGCUACCAUCCCUCCGAAGCAGCUCAUCACCCGCAAACGCUGCCUUCAAUUCAGCACAUGCCGCAACAUGCUUCCGGUGGCAGCCUUCCGCCAAUGGCCGAGACCGCCCCCACACCGGCCAAUGGAUCCGCCACUGUUCCUCCUACUACGCAAGUCCAGGUCCAAGUUCCUGUCAAGGAAGAGCAUGCUCGGGCCGAACAAGCUCCAAUUCACGAGCCCGCGGCCCGCAAGAUGGAGGUCGAUGAGGAUUACGAUGACGAUGGUGAUGAUGAGAAAAAGGCUGCUGUGAAGGGUAGCCCUCAUGGUAGCGGGACAGGCAGCGCCAAUGGUAACAGUAACGGCGUUGGCAAGUCGGAAGCCGCCGCCUAA